AUGCACCACAAGCGGAAGUGGUGGAAACCAGGAACCACGGGAGAAACAGCGCACUGUGAACGGGCAUGACCCGGAGGAGAACGGUGUCCUGCUAACGCAGCUAGCCACCUGGAUAAAUAAAAAGACAACAAAGAGAAACAUGGGAGGGUCUCAGAGCGUCGAGAUACCAGGUGGAGGAACGGAGGGGUACCACGUCUUAAGAGUGCAAGAGAAUUCCCCCGGUCACCGUGCAGGGCUGGAGCCAUUCUUUGAUUUUAUCAUUUCCAUUUGUGACACUAGACUUAACAAGGAUAAUGACACUCUCAAAGAGUUGUUGAAGAUAAACGUGGAGAGGCCCAUCACCAUGCUGUUGUACAGCAGCAAGACGCUGGCAGUGAGGGAGACCACCGUCACACCCAGCACCAUGUGGGGCGGACAGGGGCUUCUGGGAGUCAGCAUCCGCUUCUGCAGCUUUGAAGGAGCCAAUGAAAAUGUUUGGCAUGUUCUGGAAGUGGAGCCAAACUCUCCUGCAGCCAUGGCUGGUUUAAGGGCCCACACAGACUACAUCAUAGGAGCAGACACUGUCAUGAACGAGAGUGAAGAUCUCUUCUCCGUCGUUGAAACCUACGAGGGGAAGGAGUUGAAACUUUAUGUUUAUAACACAGACACAGACAACUGCCGUGAGGUGGUCAUCACGCCUAACUGUGACUGGGGCGGAGAGGGCAGUCUAGGAUGUGGGAUUGGCUAUGGCUACCUGCACAGGAUACCUACAGCGCCAUUUUCAGAGGGGAAGACAAUCAGUUUCCCUUCACAGACUCCCACUGCACCAGCUCCUCCACCUAAAGACGGCUUCACAGAGGUUCAUCUGUCUGCUGUCGUUCCAACCACUCCAGUGUCUGUGUUUACUAACUCAACUGGCUUAGAGCAGUCUCUCACUGGAUUAUCUGUGACCUCUGACCUGACCUCUGUCAUUAGCAGUCUACAGACAGGAGCCCAUACUCUCCCAGCGUUCAGUCAAGUCCCCUCUGUUGACCCUGCAUCCCCACAACAAGGUUUAAUGCCCCUACCUGGAGGUAUACCAGCCUUUCCUAAUUUACCCAAUCUCAACAUGACCUUGCCGGAUGUGGGUCAUGUAUUAGCAUCUGGAGGGAGUGGAUUACAACAUGCAGGUCUUCCACCUUUUGCCCUGCCUGGUGGGUUCCCCGGUAUAGCACUACCCCCAUCUGACUUUAUUCAUCCCCCCAUCACUUCUAAUGCUGCUCCUGCUGUCACACAGGAUACCACGUCUCCCUCCACCCUCAUAAUGAACAAUUCACUGACUAAAACCCCUGUCCCAUCUUCAGUGACCACCUGUGAAUCCAUAAAUAUCACAAUGACUGCAGACUCCUCUUAGCAGUGAAAACACUUUAAGGUAAUCAUUAACCAUUCAAGUCUUAAUUCAAUAGAGCCAGUUUAUUAGCUGCAUGGCUACAUUGACACAAUUUCCUUUCCUUGUUACCACUUUUGUCAGAUUUCCAGUAUUUUGAGGUUACAAGAGCUACUUGCUGGUCUUCUCAUAUGCAGCAACACCAAAGUGUUCACAAGUAAUGUGUAUCCAUAUACUGCAGUCCUGCAUCUUAAGUGCCGUUUGUUUCAGCAGUUCAAAUAUACACUUAGUCGCAGAAAAACUUUUAACUGUAAAGUAUGAGGGGAAGGAGCUUACUUUUAGUGUGCAAGUCUGUAUCAUUGCUUUUUUUGUACAGAACCCCUGAAAAGUUAUUUAACAAAUACUACUACUACUUUUGCAGAUCCUUAAGGUGAGUUUAUGUCUUAUCAUGUUAUAACUGACUAACAAUUUAGGGCAUUAUUGUGCAGAUAUCACUGUGUGGAGAGAUGAUCUAACACAUGUCAAAGCUUUGACAGUAUGUUGCCUGUUCUGGUUGAAUCUGUUGCUGCGACUGAUGCUCACAAGGCAGUUUGUAGGAAAGCAAAAAAAAUAUUGAAAAAAGAAAAGCCAAUCACAAAAACAAAACCAGAGUAACCUUUUAGGGGCUCUGUGAAAUACUUGAGGUCUUUUGGGUUAAAGGGGAAACAACUUAUACUACUAGGGCUUUUUUCUCUUCUAAAAGCAGGUUAGCUUGCUGAAUUCACUGUACUCAUUAAACAGGUAAAAAGGUUUGAUUUUGUACAAAAAACAUUUGUGAAGUGAAAUAUCAUUGCCUUGAUUAAACUAAUGUAUUUUCUCUA